UAUACACAUUCCUGUCCCACCCACUUUUUAAAACAAAGUUACGCCACUGGCAUUGUGUGACGAAUAACGUCAUUAAAAUAUGAAAAAUCCAAAAAGGUCAGAAGUGCAUCCCUGAAAUUAAUGUUUGUCGUUUAACCUUUUUUUUUUUUUUUUUUAUUUAACAGUAGGCAAAUAUUGCUGUAUCUCAUCAUGUUCUGCUGCCCAUCUUACCUCAGUUUGCAUUCUUCAUGCAUUAAAAAGUGCCACGCUGCUCGGUUUCUGUGGACAGUGAAUUAAACAUUUUGAUGAGCACUAAACAGACUGAGCACAAGUUUUUUGCCUUAAAUGGGCCAUGCCCACACAAUUCCUCUGGGCUGACGGAGGAUACAGACUAUGUAAAUUUACUUUAAUUCAUUCUUCACAUAUAUUUUUUUUUUGCAACGGGCCGGCCCACAUUGUCCAGUGGCCCACCCGGAAAACUCCCAGUACUCCCGAUGGCCAGUCUGCCCCUGAUUACGUUGUCAGAGUGUAUAGCCAUCAAUGGAGCAGUACAGGUAGGUUAAUAUAUCUGUCUAAUUUGCCAGCAGCUAGCUAGUUAAUGUUAAUUGAUUACAUUGUCAUUUGCUUGACUAGGAGUUAAUAUUUUGCUAUCUUCCUUACUCGUCUUUGGAUAUUUGUAUUUUAACUUCAACCAUCAUGCUGCAGGGUGUCAAAGCCUGGAAAACAAAGCUAGAACGCAGUAACAUCACUUGCUGCGGUUUGCCUUGGUAUUAACUUCAAUUUUGUAGUUACUGCAAUUUUGACACCCUCGUUUCUCAGAAAAGGGACAAUUUUGAACCAGGAGACUUUGUCACAAGACAGAACAUAUGUCACAAAGCCUCAAUUUUGAUCAAAUGUCUCAAUUUUGAUCAAAUGUGUAUUUACUGCACUUUGCCUUUGGACGGCAGUAUAGCAAUAUAGUUUGGGAAAAGCCAAUAUUGCAUGUUUACUAAUGUAAGUUAUGUGUAGUAAAUGAAAUCACGCAUCUGCGCCACAUGGAUCACCUCAAUUUGCAUUUGAAUACUGCGCACUCUCCGUGGACGUGGCCACAUUAGCGGAUAAUGAGGUGACUUGUGAACGACUGAUAUCUCUCUCUUUUCAAACAGAUUACACACAUAGUCUGUUUGUGUGAUCUGUUUGAAAAGAGAGAGAUGUCAGUCGUUCAGGAAUGGUCCCUCUGUCGAACAUGGAUCUGCAGUCUGGCAGAAUGAAGACGAGAAGUUCCUUGUCCCCAUCCACCGACAGAGAGAGAUUCCGAGGACUCCUGACUGGCUCGCCAAAUUGUGAGGAGGAGGGCAGGCCCCAGCGCCGCAAUAGAAGCCGCCGUCGCCGUAACCGUGGCAAUCGUCCUGAGGGAGGCUCUACCAGCCGUGACAGACAGCCAGUUACUGUUGCUGACUUCAUUUCUCGUGCCGAUUCCCAGAGCAGACAGAAUCUCUCAGGGAAGGAGGAGUCAACGCAGCACGUGUCACGUCCCAAGCAUUCUCUGCAAAGUGAUGGCAAGGCACGCGCCUUUACACUAGAGUUUGUGGAAAAUGGGACUAGCACGAGUAAGGAAGAGCGCACUCCCUCCAAGCGCUCCCCUAGCAACGGUGUGCCAUCGUCCGGGGAGACUGUAGCCCUGGUGAAUGGCGUCUCAUAAAAAUCAUCUCGCCCCCUCAAGACCCACGUCUAAAGCAAGACACCAUGGCAAACUCUGUCCCUGCUUGCAUUCACGUAAACCUUUAAACUGACGAAUGAAAAUUGACUAAAAUCCUUGAAUUCAUACAAGUCUAUGAGAAGAAAAUGAUACAAAAAAAAUGACGAACGCAUCUACUUUAAACCACACAUAACUGUGUAUGUUUAUCCUAUCUAUCAGUACUUAGUGCAUAUUUAAGACAAGCUUGCCAAAAAUGAGCUCAUGGAUAUGACUCAAAUUUCUGACAUAACACAGAAAACAGGACGUGACUAUUUGGGUUUUAUUUUAGGUUUGUUUUUUCAUUGCUGUCAUUAUUUGUUUUUGUUUGUUUGUUCUCACUGGUGUGGGAUUGUGAAAACGAUCCCAAAUAGACGCAUCUCUGAAACAGUGUUAGCUAAACUAGGGUGGAGCUAGCGGAGAGGCGAUGGGUUGAAGGCAGAGCCUCUCACAAGUGAUUGGCAGUUGAGUCUGUGGUACUAUUUUAUUUUAUUUUUUUUUUUUUUUUUUUUUUAGGGCAAAACGGACAGACAUUGUGCCUUGAAUUUGAAAAAAAAAAAAUUUCAGUAUUUUCUUUUUUCCUUAAUAUUUGCAUUGUUCAUGAGAUGAAGUAGAUGGUUCCUGUUUGGUGUUUUUAUUUUGUAUGAGGAAAUGACAGGAUAAUGCAGAAUUAGAGGAGUUGGAGUUUAGGGGGAGAGACAGAUAAUUAAUGGCAAACAUGAAAUUAGGACGUUUUGUCCAAGGUCAAGUAGUUAUUUGAAAGCCGUUUAAUGUGUGUGUUUGUGUGUACGAGUGUGUCUGUUUGUACAAGUUGUGAGCAUAUAAAUUUGGAGCAACGUUACAUGAUCCAAGAGACGACCCAGAAGAAUCCCAAAUGGAUUUUGUCUCUUUAGUUAAAGUGGAGUGAAAGUGGCUUAAGUGUCAGCAGCCCUCCCAAACAGAACUAGAGAGAGAUUUAAAUGAACUAACUGACUGGUUUCUGAUAAUUUUCAGAAUCUCUUUCCUCAGCAGUCCACCGUACCUUCUGGUGGAAGGCAGGCAGCAUGAGUGUGAGUGUGGAAGGUAGCACACACUCAACAGCUCCCAGCCUUUUAGCCACAACUGACUGAAGGGCAGGAGGGGGUUUUGUGCCCCCCUGGUGUGGAUGGUUGGUCUUGAUAGUCUAGAAGGCACUCUGGAAACAAUGAAAUCCUAUUAAGAUAAAGCCAGUAACACUGAGACAGAUGCUUGAGUUCACACACACGUGCAUGUACACGCAUAGAUCCGAGAUCCGAGAGCAUAGUAAUGUACUCCAAUUCUGUCAAAUGGAGUUUUGGCCUCUGCUGGGGAGUUUUGAUGCAGUGGCAGAGAAGCUGAUCAAGCGUUUGUGUCCCUGGUUGUCAUUGUUAAAGGGGAGAGGACCGUUCCCUCACUAUAUUACUGUCAUCACAGUUCCUGCUCUCAAAGGUGUUUUUUUUUUUUUUUUUUUGGGUUGUGCUUUCCACAUAAAAGGAAAAAAAAAGAUUAAAAUGGAAGUGAAAUAAAUUAUUUCUGCAAUGACACCUGUGUGCAGUUUUGCUUUCCUCCCCCCCCCCAAGUAAAUGAUUAGUAAAAGAAAAUGAUCGUCAAACAAAAUAGAGUAUGAACUGUUUUGUGAACCCGUCUAAAUAAAU